UAAAAAAAGAAAAAAGAAAAAGAAAAAAGAACUAAGCAAAAUAUCUUUGAUAUGUCUACCUUUCGUGUAUUUUUAUCUGGGGAUGAUCCAUUCCCAAUUGGUUUUCUCUGCUCUGCUACAAAUAGUAGUAUGAAUUUAUCCUUUUUAAUUAUCUUGCUCAAAGAAAGCCUCUUGCACAUUUAGAUGAGGGUGCCAAAGAUACAGAGUGUUUUUCUACUGUAAAAGAACUAUUUCCUGCAAGAUCCUAUGGUUCUCAAAUCAUCUCAAAUAGAAAACCAAACUGCAAUAAUGGAGUUUAUUUUGUUGGGACUCUCAAAUGAUCCAUACAUAGAGGAUUUUCUUCUUCUUUUGAUUAUGAUCAUAUUUGUACUCACUAUCCUGGGAAAUAUAAGUGUUAUAUUAGUGAUCAGGUCUGAGCUUCACUUUCAAACCCCCAUGUUCUUCUUUCUCAGCCAUUUAGCUUUUGCUGACAUCUGCUAUUCUUCAGUAACUGUUCCCAAGAUGCUGGCAAACUUUAUUACAAAUCAGAAAACCAUUUCUUGGGAAAGAUGCAUUGCACAGAUUGCUUUCUUUUUACAAAUUGCUGCUGCAGAGGUCUUCAUCCUCUCAGCAAUGGGCUAUGAUCGAUAUGUUGCUAUAUGUGAUCCCCUGAAUUACAGCAGAUACCUGACAAGAGAAAUAUGCAUUAAAAUGGUGGGUGGAGCUUGGCUUCUUGGAUUAUUUCAUGGUAUACUGAAUGCAGUACCUUUGCUAAAUCUCCAUUUUUGCGGCAACAAUAUAAUCAGACACUAUACUUGUGAACUUCCUUCCCUCUUGGCAUUGUCGUGUGCAAAUACCUUCACAAAUUAUAUUGUUCUUCUAAUAUCUGUGAUGGUAUUUGGUUCUGGCUCAUUUCUCAUCACACUUGUCUCUUAUAUUUACAUCAUUUUAACUAUUCUGAAAAUUAAAUCAUCAGUAGGCAGGCAGAAAGCUUUUUCCACAUGUAGCUCCCAUCUUAUUGUCCUGUGCUUAUUUUACAUUUCAGGUUUGUUUCGCUAUAUGAAGCCAAGUUCAGAAUCCUUCAUGGAUUUGGAUAAAAUUAUCUCUAUUCAGUAUAGCAUCUUAACUCCUAUGUUAAACCCCAUCAUCUACAGCCUGAAAAACAAAGAGAUGAGAUCUGGUCUAGAGAAACUAUUUGGAAAGAUGAGGCCCAUUCUUUACCCAUUAAAUAAUGUUCAUAAUUUCUGAUUUAAAAUCUGCAUAGCAUCACCAAUGAGAAUUAAUGAUAAUAAUUAAUGACACAGCAAGAGUGUGACAUGCUGUUUCCACCAAAUCCUCACUUUUGUUAGUAAAAUUAUGCUCCGAUAUGAGAGUAUAUGGACUUCUUAUUGAGUCUUCUGUAAUAGUGGGAGAUAAUUCAAAGUAAGCAAGGUAGUCUUACUCUAAUAUCCUUCCGAACAGUUUAUUUAAAGUAUAAGGAUGAAAAUAUGAUAUUUUUUUAAAAAAAUUGUUUCUUCUUACAAUAUGUAUCUCUGUGUCUCACUGUCUUUUUAACUUUGAAACAUGCAAUGUAAUACAUUCCAAUAUGCAUUUCAUUUUAUGUAAUUGUAUAAGAAUCAGGCGGCAGGGUUAAAAGAUCCAAUAUAUUCUACACCCUAAUAUGGUUAGUACAUUUAUUUGGAAAGUUGGGAUAUAUUAUUUCAUAUCAGAAUUUAGGAUAGUACAAUACUACAUGCUGUUUAGAAAACCCAUCAGUUUUAUAGCUCCCCAUGGCUGUCACUGAAAACAUUCCUAGUAAUUGCAUUGUAUACAUUCAUCAUGCAGCUAUUUUUCAGUUGUUUCUGCUAUAUUGGCAGUAGUUCUAGUCAAAUUCCAUAUAUUCAGCCUCACAUGGAUAGCAGUCACGUUUAGCAAGCAUUUUAUGUGCUUUGUGAGUUACCUUAAUUUUAUUAUAAAUACUUUGAAGAUGUAUUCUUUGUUAUUUGUUGAUAAAUAAAGGACUACUGACCAAC